GCAACCCUGUAUUCAGCGCUUUCGCGAUGCCAACUAAUUUUUAAAUUCUCUGAACUCGGCCAUUUUGGUCAUAGACACCAUCGUUUGUAUACGUUUUGUGCUUUGUUCUUAAAUUCAUUUCACGAGUCCCUAAUUACACAACUUGAUUCAAGAUGGUUAGGGAGAACAAAGCCGCCUGGAAAGCUCAAUACUUCUUGAAAGUUGUUGAACUCUUCGAUGAAUUUCCGAAGUGCUUCAUUGUCGGCGCUGACAAUGUCGGCUCUAAGCAGAUGCAAAAUAUCCGUACCAGCUUGCGUGGCUUGGGUGUUGUACUCAUGGGUAAGAAUACUAUGAUGCGCAAAGCUAUCCGUGGCCAUUUGGAGAACAACGCUCAAUUGGAGAAAUUGUUGCCACACAUCAAAGGCAAUGUUGGUUUCGUUUUCACCAAGGGUGAUUUGGCUGAAGUCCGUGACAAGUUAUUGGAAUCGAAAGUACGUGCCCCAGCUCGUGCUGGUGCUAUUGCCCCAUUGCCCGUCAUUAUUCCUGCACAGAAUACUGGCUUGGGUCCCGAAAAGACUUCCUUCUUCCAGGCUCUUUCAAUUCCAACCAAGAUUUCCAAGGGUACAAUUGAAAUUAUUAACGAUGUACCAAUUUUGAAGCCUGGAGAUAAAGUUGGUGCUUCUGAGGCUACACUGCUUAACAUGUUGAACAUCUCGCCCUUCUCAUACGGUUUGAUCAUCACUCAGGUGUACGAUUCUGGUUCCAUUUUCUCGCCCGAAAUCUUGGAUAUUAAGCCUGAGGAUCUGCGUGCGAAGUUCCAAGCUGGAGUGGCCAAUUUGGCUGCUGUAUCUUUGGCAAUUGGUUAUCCAACCAUUGCUUCGGCGCCACACAGUAUUGCCAAUGGUUUCAAGAACUUGUUGGCUAUUGCUGCUGCAACCGAAGUGGAGUUCAAGGAAGCUGCUACUAUCAAGGAGUUCAUCAAGGACCCCAGCAAAUUUGCUGCAGCCGCUGCUGCGUCUGCUCCAGCUGCUGGCGCUGGUGCUGCUGCCGAAAAGAAAGAAGAAGCCAAAAAGGAGGAAUCGGAAUCCGAAGAAGACGACGACAUGGGUUUCGGUCUCUUCGACUAAAGGGCUCAAAAGUAACAAUUGUUAUAUUGCCAUUACGCUUUUCUUUCGAGUGCGAUUAUUCGGGUUUUUCAGCAGUAUGGAUAUGUUGAUAAUAUAACGACGAUCUUAUAGUAAUCUGAUUAUGCUACGCACCUCUUUGUUAUCGGUAAAUUAUUGUCGUGGUCUGACGCACCCAAUGGCAAGUUAUCAUCGCAAAGUGUGUUUCAAAAUCUUAUUCUAUACUAAAAUCUGAAUUUGUACAAGGGAAUGAAGAUGUAAUUAACUUAA